CAUCAGAGACCAUUAGAUGAAUUGUAUCAACCGGAUUACUCAACAGGAAGAAGAGCACCAGGAUACGUCAGCAAAUAACAACAUUACCUGUGUGUGAGUGAGAAAUGGCUACUGGAGUGGAUCAAGCGGCUGGCAUGAGUCUUGUUGUCUUCAGCCUCGUGCUGUUCACGUACUACUCUGUCUGGGUCAUCGUCCUGCCUUUCGUGGACAGCGAUCACUUCCUGCACAAGUAUUUUCUUCCUCGGGAGUACUCAGUCAUUCUGCCUGGAAUCGCAGCAGUAAUACUGCUCAUCUGUAUAGGAGCCUUCACUGUUGUCAUCAUGUGGAAGAAUCGCAAGCCAAAAAAAGUGGACUAAUGUCAUAAAACAUCACCUUCUUGCACCUUACAACUAAAAUCCAGCCCUAUUUUGUAAUAAAUACUCCUCAUGAUCACUUUUACAAGUAUUUUUGUUCAGAGGAAAGUUUGUCGGUCUUAAUUCUGCAUUUUAAAAAAUCAGCUUUGGUGGCCCCAAGUGGCAUCAUUGAAUGCACUGAAAGAAACUCAUUGAAGAAGGGAAGCUUGAGGAUUUUUGCCUUGUCCUUUUAGAAAAUGCGACCUAAUCUUCAGCUAAUUCACAGUUAUACUCAUUGUAUAACACUCAUAGUUCUUUGUGUUAUUGAGAAGCCUUUGUGCUAACAACUUCUCUCAAGACCAUCUGGAAGUUUCUUGACUUUUUAAAGGUAUUGCUGCGUGGACAAAUGAGACUGUGAAGCAAGGUGGAGGGUGGAGCCACCUUGAGGUCCUGGACACCUUUACACUCAGUGAGAGAUCAAUGAUUAUAAAACUUUACAAAGACAUUUUCAAGUGAACAUCAAAGCAGGAGUUCAUGAGCAAAAGCUUUUGAGAGAUGGGGUGAUGCAACCCAGCAAUAACUCAAAGACGCCAAUGAAUAAAGUCCAGGGAUGUUGUGGUAGGACCUGAAAGGGGCUGUUUGGUAGGAGGAAUUGUUCAGAAUUCCUCUUCAUCAUUGUGUAAGUCUCAUACGAAGUUACAGGAAAUGCCAAAGUCCUUAUAGAAGCAAUUCUGACCCCUCAGCAGCUCCCCCGAAGCACCUUUGAGCACUUACUUGGGCAAAAAUUGAAAUAAAGUUUAAAAAGACGACCCUCUAAUCUGUUGAUUUGUAUUUCUGGGCACAGUUUUCCAUUGUUUUUGUCAUGUUCCUGAACACAGUUUUUCAUCUGUCUACUAGUAUAUGUAUUUGUAUGUACAAAAUUAUUAUUUUCACUUAAAAAUUGGAAAAGUCUGCAUGUGGAGGCUGGAGCAGUAGGUGGUGGAGCUGCUCACACACACUCAAGUUUGAGUCCCACAUGUCACAGAUUUUACAAUGAAUUUUAAAUAUUUGAAUGAUUUAAAAUGCAUUAAUUAUCAUUUGAAACCACUUGGUUUCAGUUAGAAAAAAGGUCACCGCGUCCAUGUCUUUGAGGUUAAUUUACACUUGCCACGAGACCAUGCUGCUCUGUUGUAAUGAGAAACGUGAUGGAGGAUGUUGUUGCUAAACAAGCUGUUAUUGUGUUUAAUAAAAAAUUUG